AUGCCUGCUUACCAGGGCUUCGGCGCCAAUGUUGUUCUGGCCGCCUUCCAAUUCAUCACACAGAUAAGAGCAACCCCGACCGAGGGAUGUCGCAAUCUCCCCGAGAGCAUGACCGGUCAUUCCCCGCGCACAUUGUCAGCGUCCUAUUCGACAAGUCCGAGCGUCUGGAGUUGGGAAAGGAUGGCUACGUCCUCAGUCCCACUUGUCGUCCCUACGGACCCGUCCAUAUCAGUGAGCAAGUCUUCUUCGGACAUUUCGCCGACCAAUACCAACCUGCCGAUGAUUGGUGACAGCGGUGAAUAUGCAGGGUCUUGUGGGCGCUAUGCCAUGUGCAAUGGCAGCAUCACAUAUUAUGACACCGCGACCAGCGUACUCAGUCCCAGCUCGUGUGGCACCACCAACGAUGGAAGCUCCGAGGAUGUUGUGGCCUUACCGCAGGGAAUCAUGACGGACGAGGACUGUGGACGCACUGUUCUCAUCAAGUUCCACGGCACUGACUUCCGGGGCACUGUGGUUGACAAAUGCAUGGGAUGCAACAACCAAUCUCUCGAUUUGUCGCGGCAUCUGUUCGCUUUACUCGCGCCGCUUGACGAAGGACGUGUCCACGGGGUCGAGUGGUAUGUCCAAUAG